AUGCGAUCUGAUUUGCGAUGUUUCUACAUCCUCUAUGCAGCGCGAUACAUCCAGGCAGCCGUGACGGUACUCCUGGAGCCAAAGAGGAAAGAUUUCUUGGAGAUGAUGGUUCACCACAUCGUCACUAUCGGAGUGGUCUAUGUUUCCUACUUCUGUGGUUGGAAUCGCGUGGGUGUGGUAGUUAUGGUCCUCUUGGAUCCCGCAGAUGUGCCAUUACACCUUGCGAAGCUGUGCAAGUACACCUCGGAGGCUCUGGAGAUGAAUAUUUGGCAGUUCUUCGCAGAUCGGCUCUUUGAAUUCUUUGCGGUGCUGUUCUUUGUGACCCGCCUGGUGAUGUUUGGGUAUGUCUGUUGGUCUGCCCAUAUCGAGUCAGAACAGUACUUUCAUCUGGAUUAUGCCGCGAAAUUGUGCGUACUGUUGCUCUAUUUACUGAUGGUCUUGCAGCUAUAUUGGUUCGGUUUGAUUUUGAAGGUGGCCAUGAAGCUCUUGCGAGGCCAAGGUGCUGAGGACAUUCGCUCUGACGAUGAAGACGAAGAUCCAAAGCUGCCCAUGAUCUACACAGUUUCGCAAAAGAAGCGACCUCUGAAUCAGCAGACAGGAACAGCAUGCAACGCACGAUGUCAGGACGAAUGCUUUUUGGCCUAUUCCGAGCCCUAUACCUUCACGGACCUGCUUUACGACUUGGCCCCAUGGCCCUGGGAAUCUUUGGCCGUGACAAUGAUGGGUAACCAGGUUCCAGCCCUUCGACUUGGAAAUCAGCUUUCCACGCAGAGGGUCUGUAUCGUGGCCCGUGCGCAUCCUGGUGAGACUUGUGCUUCCUGGGUCAUGCGUGGGGUCAUGGAUUUUCUUCUGAGCGACCCAGAGGCACAGGCUUGUCUGGAGCAACUCGCAUGGCUCAUUGUUCCCAUGUUGAACCCAGAUGGUGUGGCCGCAGGUCGAACAAGGACCAAUUUGGAGUCCGUGGACCUUAAUAGGCAUCACCAUGAUGAUGCAGCAGCAGAGACCAAGGGUCUUCGAGCAGCUCUACAGGCAGAGAGUCAGAGGGGAGAGCUCUUGGCCUUCAUUGACAUCCACAGCCAUUCCAAGCGUCGUGGGAUUUUUGCCAUCGCCAACGGCAACGAUGCGGAUCGCUUGGUGUCUUUGUUGGCCAACAGGACCCCUUUGCUGGAUCUCCAGGGCACCAACCGUACCGAGACACGACCUCAAGAUGUGGGCGUGGGCCGAGUGGCGGCAGCUGCACAGGGCUACAAAUACAGUUUGACCAUUGAAUCUUCUCUUUGUGCUAGACAUUUGGCCAUCGGAGGUGAACAUCUUCUUUUACAGGACCUCGCCAGUGUUGGCCGCGCAAUUUGCUUUGCAGUGACAGAUCUUCUUUACCCUGAAAAUGAGCCAGUUGAGGUCAUUUGCGCUAAAGGCGAUGAUGAUCUCGAUGAAGAUGCAGAUGCGGCUGAGGAUGAAGGUUUUCGAGUCUUCACGCCAGAGUGA